GUUUUAAAGCUGAAGAUAUCAGUGAAUGCUUAUAUAAAAUUUGUGAUGAUAGUGUUAAACCAAGACAUUUCCUUAGUGCAGACAAUACGGAUGAAAUAGAAGCCAUACUCUCAGAUUGUGAAGACCAUUUCUUACACGAAUUUAUUGAUGGAGAUGAGUCACUCUGGCCUAUUAUAGAUUUUGAUUUGUCACGAGAGAUGCAUGAUGGCAUUGAACCUAAGCUUAUACGUAAAGAGAUACUAGAUAUACUCAAUU